AUGGAGAAGUCCAGGAACUUUCGGAUCGACGCCCUCCUGGCUGAGGAGCCCCCCCGGCCCGUGCCGAGCGCCUCCCCGCAGGGCCUGAGCCCCGGGAGCUCGGCGGGGAGCCCCGGCUCCUGUGCCCGCACCGAGACGCCCUCUCCCCGCGCGCCCCAGGGCGUGGCCCCCCUGCCUGCCCCGGGAUUCAUCCCCAAGCCCGGCUUGUUGCAUCUGCCUCCUCCCGGACUGAGCGCCCUGCCGGCCAUGUACCCGCCCCCCCUGUACUCGAUCGGGGCGCUGGGGGGGCCGCACCCGGCUUUUCCUUAUCCCGGCUUCGCCCACCUGCCUCAGCCCGGCCCGGAGCACCUGAAGGCCGCGGCAGUGGCUGGAUCGUUCUCGCUGGAGCACUGGAUCCGCGCUGGAAUGAUGGUCCCCCGGCUCUCGGACUUCCACGCCCCUCCGCAGUCCGGCCUGAUGGGCAAAUGCCGCCGGCCCCGCACGGCCUUCACCAGCCAGCAGCUGCUGGAGCUCGAGAACCAGUUCAAGCUCAACAAGUAUCUGUCCAGGCCCAAGCGCUUCGAAGUGGCCACGUCGCUGAUGCUGACCGAGACGCAGGUGAAGAUCUGGUUCCAGAACCGCAGGAUGAAGUGGAAACGCAGCCGGAAAGCCAAAGAGCAGGUGGCCCAAGCCGAGGCCGAGAAGCAAAGAGGGGUCAGCAAAGCCGCCGAGAAGCUGCUGCCCAGCGAGCCGCAGGGGCAGGAGGAGGGCCCUGAAUUCAACAGGCACGGUGCCAGCGUGGAGCUCCUGCCCCGCCGCCCUGCAGAGCUCGGCUACAGCCCGGGCUCCUCGUGCUCCGGGGAGGAAGAGGAGCAGAUCAGCUCCACGGACAGGAAGAUCGGCUCAGCAUUAUGA